GUACUUGUUGCAGGAGCAGGAUGUAUACUCUGCUGUCCGGACUCUAUAAAUACAUGUUCCAGAGGGAUGAGUACUGCAUCUUGAUCCUUGGUUUGGACAAUGCUGGUAAAACCACCUUCCUUGAGCAAACUAAAACUCGAUUUAACAAGAACUACAAAGGGAUGAGUUUGUCCAAAAUCACAACCACUGUAGGGUUAAACAUUGGUACUAUCGAUGUUGGCAAAACUCGGCUAAUGUUCUGGGAUCUUGGUGGGCAGGAGGAGCUACAGUCUCUCUGGGACAAGUAUUAUGCUGAAUCUCAUGGUGUGAUCUACAUUAUUGACUCCACGGAUGAGGAGAGGCUCUCGGAAUCUAAAAGAGCUUUUGAGAAGAUGAUUACCAGCGAAGCUCUGGAAGGGGUUCCCAUUCUGGUGUUAGCCAACAAGCAGGAUGUAGAGACCUGUCUGUCAAUCCCUGACAUCAAGACAGCGUUCAGCGACUGCAUUAACAAAAUCGGGAAGAGAGACUGCCUGACACAAGCCUGCUCUGCUCUUACCGGCAAAGGAGUGAACGAGGGAAUUGAGUGGAUGGUGAAGUGCGUGGUGAGGAAUAUUCACCGGCCUCCGAGAAAGAAGGACAUCACGUAAGAAAUUCCAAGUCAGCCCAGGAAUUGGACAGUCUUUUUCCACACAGUUUUGUGUUCCCUUUAAGGAAGGUGGUCCACUGGAUUCCUAUUACACCUGAUUCUUUCC